CACGUUCACUUCUCCUGUCGGGAGGGCUGCUCCGGAAUCAGCCCUGUGCUAGAGGGAGCUGCCUGGGCGGGUUAAUCUGAAUUAAGCUCCCUGAACGUGCACUGGACAGGCCCCAGAGAGGAAAGUCUCCCUGCUGCAGCCAACCAGCUUUUCUGCCCUGGAGCCGGUUGGGAAUCACCCCCUGGCGUGGGAAGGACCCGUCUCCCUUUGCAGCAGCAGAUGCCCGUGAGCUGGGACUGGGCUAGAACAAGCCCUCCAGGGGUCAACAGCUGCCUAGCCCAUCCCGGCAGCGUACACGGUUCCUGCCCAACUGCAUCCGCUUCCAUGUUACGCACCCCAGAGGGCAAAAAUCACCCAUGGUCCUUUGCUGGGAUCCACAACACCAGCAGGGAUGAAAUUACCUUCUUGUUAUUUACCACUAGCGAGCUCUCUCCUGGAAGAGACAGAGGGGGUCACAGGGGCAGAUAAUCCCAUGUCUCAGGGCACCUGGGUUCCUUUCCCAUCUCUGUGUGGCCUUGGCAAGUCAUUUCGCUCCUUUGCCUGCAGGAAAGGUGAUGCCGCGGGGUGUGGGGUGGAUUGAACUUGUAUAUCUAAAGCUAAAGGCUAGGCCAAUGUAAGAAACUCUGGCUGCUAGACGGAGCUAGAGCCCUAUGAUGUGCAGUCCUGGGUCACACGCUUCAAAAGACUUCCCAGAUUCCAAGCCAGAUGGGGCCCUUGUGACCAUCUCGUCUGACACCCUGGAAAGAACAGAAUUUAAUCUGUAAAUGUUGGUAAAUGUCACUUUCACCGCACACACCUGUGAAAAACUUUUUCUGUCGCUGUUACUCACGCAGCCGGAGAACUUCUUUGCGUUCAAUCAAAGGACGUCGACUUUGUAUAUUUUGACACAUGACGUUGAGAAGUGGGGUUGUGAUGGUUUAUUGAGCAUUAACAUUUUUGCAUCUCACCGUCUUCGGGCAUUAAACAACUGUGGCACCCAAUCAUUUCCCACAACUAUGACAUUUUAAAUCGAUAAAAGUUGGAAAAGAAAUGUUGAACACCCAGAAUUUUCACCAACGACGAACAUUGAAUUUGAUAAAAAUAGAAAAAAAAUACGUAAAAAAUUGCUAUAAUCUGUUGAAAUUACAAACAAAAAUCAAAAUCAACUUUUGCCAAGCUUAUGUCUAGCCCAGGCCAGAGACCUUCCCCCAAAUCAUUCCUAGAGCAGAUCUUUAGAAAAACAGCCAGUCUUGAUUUAAAAAUUGUCCCUGAGGGAGAAUCCACCACGACCUUCGGUAAAUUGUUCUGAUGGUUAAUUACACUGGCCCAUUAAAAAUUUACACCCCUUACUGCUGGGCUGUACACCCCUGCUUUAAAACCUUCUCGAGACCUUUUCGCUCAGCGAGGGAACAUGCACAAUGGCUCAGCGACACCCAUGGUUGUGAGGAGCAAGACCAGGUAUUGUGCCACCCGUCAGCACCCAGAUGUUCAGUUCUCCAGCCAGCCCCUUGGUGCUUUCUCCUUACAUGUGAAAGGAGCUUCCUCUACACAGACCUAGGGAUCAAACUGGGGUUCUGACGUGCCCCAAGUGGCCCCAGUCUCUCAGCUGUAAUUGACUGGGCCCAGGUGGCUCCAGAGGGCAGGUUGUAGCCACGGAGCCGGACAGCUUAAAUUCAAACCCCAGCCUGGACAGGGAGCUGAAAAUGAAACGCGGGCCUGUCAUGCCAGCCUGUCUCGGGGGAAAUGUAAUCAGGGUCUAACAGGCUACUCAGGUGUUCAAAGUGCUCCUGGCUCUAGGAGGGGAGUAGGGCCUAGUGGCUAGAGCAAGGUGGGGCUGGGAGCCAGGACUCCUGGGUUCUAUUCCCGAUUCUGAGAGGGGAGGGGGUCUAGUGGUUAGAGUGGGGGGCUGGGAGCCAGGACUCCUAGGUUCUGUCCGGGCAGGGGGCUGUGGGUAAGACACAGGAUGUGUGUGGUUGUGGUUGUUGUUACCAUCCCUGUGCUGACACCAUCUCCUAACCCCCCAGUGUGUCCCCGACCCCUGGAGGGGGGAGGCCUUCGGCGGACCAGCUGGAUCUGGGGGCAGAGAGCAAUCAAGGCUCCAGAUUUACCUCUGCUUCCGGACCCAGGAAUGCAGUAGACACAGUAGCAGCUUGGGCUCUCCCCUUGUGGGGUUCACCGUUUCACCCACUCCCAGAUUAUUUCGCCGCAGGCAGCCCCUGGGCUGCCCAAGCGCCAGAGCUUGCUGCAGGUGAACGGCCUGGCGCUCUCGGCCUACGACAGCAGCAGCCGGAGGAUGAUGCCACGCAACGGCUACAUGCAGGGCAACCGGGAGACCCACCAGUUCUGGAGCGUCAGCAGCGCCCGGUGCAUGUUCUGGGACCCCUGGGUAGAGACCGAGUACCAGGCCCUGGUUCGGGCGGUGAACGCCAGCUCCCCAAAGGCCGAGCCCUACUACAUGCAGGUCGUGCAGAGCUGUGAGCUGGACGAAGCCAGCGGCGCCGUCCAAGCCGUUACCAGGUACGCCCUGAAUGGGGAGGACGUGCUGCAGUACCACGGGGACCAGAACCGCUGGUUCUCGGUGCACCCGGCGGCCUGGCGCAUGGCCGAGCGCUGGAACCGUGAGAGGGAGAUGCUGGCCGGGAUCAACGCCCAUACCCCACAGCAGUGCAGGACCUUCAUCCGGAUCACCUCGCCAUUCACCGCGCAGACGACAGCGCAGCCCACAGUGCACGUGUCCCUCGUGCGAGGAACCCGGGGCCAGCCUCGCCGCCUCAUGUGCCACGUGACGGGGUUCUACCCCCGUGACAUUGAGGUGACCUGGGAGCGGGAGGGCAGGGGGGCCCUAGGGGAACAGAUGACCAGCAGGAUCCGGCCCAACGGGGACCCCACCUUCCAGAUCCAAGUGUCCAUUGAGCUGGGGCUGGGGGAGCAUGUGUGCAUGGUGAGACACGUCAGCCUGGGGGGCGCCCCCCUGAGGAUCACCUGGGAUCCCCAGGCCACAGGCCAGGCCGGGUCCCUGGGCGUCCUCGCCAGCUGCCUGCUGGCUGCUCUGGGAGUCGCCGCCCUGGGCUGGUAUCUGAGGGGGAGGCCAGGCCGCUCGGAGGGGCCGUUCUGCCCGGCGCGGGCACAGCCAGGAACCCUCGACUCUGCCCUGGCUAAGCCAGGAGACACCUUGGCCACGUCUCUGUCCUGCCCAGGUGUCACCGCGUGACCGUCGCUGUCCUGGGCUAGCACCACAUGGGCCAGCCUGGGCGAAGA